AAACGUUUCGUUCUUUUCUUCUUCUCCCCUCCCCAGUCCCCGUACGCACGAGUCCCUCCGCAUCGAGCGACCAGAAGGCGAAGCUAGGGUUCGGCGGCGGCGCACCUCGCCGGCCGCUCCUCGCUCCUCCCCGGCGCCACCCGGUCAUCUCCGGCGCCGCCCCGGUCCCCCUCCGCCCCACCCUUGCCUCUCUGGUCCUGCGCGCCCUGCCCCAGCUCGUUCGCGGUGUUGCCCCGGCUCCUCGUCGGCUCUUCCCCAGCUGCUCGUCGACCCUGGAGUCACUGGCCAACACUGCAGCUCCAGUCGACGCCCCAUUCGUCCUCGACUUCAUUGAUCUACGACUCCAGUGAUAAGAUCUGCAACAAUGGGUGACAAAGCAGAUUGGGGUGACUUCUUUUUGAAGCAUUUGAUUGAUGUAUGCAAAGGGGAGAUAGAAGCUGGGAAUAGGCCCCAAGGGCUUUGGACUAGCACUGGUUGGAAAAAUAUUGUAGCCAAGUUUGAAGCCAAAACUAGUGACAAGCGAACAAAGAUACAAUUGAAGAACAAAUUAGACAACUUAAAAAAAGAAUAUGUUUGGUUCAUGGAGUUAAAGAAUUAUGCUACUGGACUUGGAUGGGAUGCAGCAAAGGGGACUGUUGAUUGCCCCAAGGAAUGGUGGGAUGAACACCUUGCUAGGUGUAAUAAUCGUGAAAAAGGCCUUAAAUGUAACCAUGUGAGGUUCAGAAAACAAGGACCGAAGUACCUUGAUGAUCUUGAUCUGAUUUUCGGCAAGGUACAUGUGACUGGGGCCACUGCAGCUGGUCCUGGUGAUAUAUCUUCUGAUGAGAGUGAUGAGGACGUGGCCGAGGUGCCAAAACCUCCACCUAAGGAUGAUGUGAAGCUGGCUGAUUUGAAGAAAAAAGGGAAAAAGAAACGCAAGAGCUCCUGUACUGUUGCUGAAACCAAAGAAGAGAAGAGUCCAUUUUAUCGAAUGUACAAAAACACAUGUUUGAAAAUAGAAAGUGCAGCAGAUAGGAUCUCAAGUGUAUCUGCCACCUCAGCUUCUCCCACUAAUGUUGUCCCCACCAUUGGAGAGGCUAUGAAGCUGGUUGAAGAGUGUGGGGUGGAAGAAGGAACUCCUCUAAUGCACACUGCCACCAUGUUGAUUAUGAAGCCUGAAUUUAGAGAGGUCUUCAGCCAUCUGAAAACAAAUAAAGGAAGGCUGGAUGUCCUUGAGAGGGAGCAUGAAAAAGAGAUGAGGCGCUAGUGAACCAAUUUUUAUUCCCAUUGUUGCUGUGUGAACCAAUUUUAUUUUGUAUUAUGACAACUAUUUGCUUGUAUGGCUGUCUGAACCUAUUUUAUUUCCAUUUGCUUGUACUAUGAGAAUAAUUUGCUUGUACUGAGAACAA